AUGGUUACCUCGAAGCCAGCGGUCCUUUUUGCAGCAGAGAGUGGCUGGAAGAGCGGAAGAAGUGGAGCUUGCUGGGAAGCCAGGAAAGGGAUUGAGGAUCUGAAAAGGGACUACAGAGAGCUCGGUUGGAAGCUGAAGAGCAGGACGAGUAGAGUAGUGUUCUCAGGUUUGCUACCGGUGCCACGGGAUAGCGAGCUGUGGGGUCGGGUCUAUCGCCGCCUGUUGCCCCCACACUCUGCACCAUUGCCUGGAUAUCGACUAUUCCAUUGGCUGCUCUGCAUUUUCAAUCCCACUGUUUGGGCACUUGGGGUCCCGGGCCCCGCCCUCUUGCCACGCCCCUCCACAUGCCCCGCCCCCCGCCCCCGCCACGCCCCUCACGUGCUUCGCCCUGUGCUCUCGCCCCGCCCUCGGCCCCCACACUUCUCGUGCCGUCUCUGUCCGACAAGCCCCGCCCAAUUCCAGACCCCGCCCCCACCUGCCGCCAUGUUGGUGCCGUUGCGCGCGCUCUCUCUCCGGUUUUACCGGCUAAUGUCGGCCUCCCGCCCGGAGCCAAGGGUGGCAGUGGUCCUCUCUGGAUGUGGAGUUUUUGAUGGAUCAGAAAUUCACGAGGCUUCAGCGAUUUUGGUUCACCUGAGUCGUGGAGGGGCUGAGUUCCAGGUUUAUGCUCCUGACAUCCCGCAGAUGCACGUUGUGGAUCACGUGAAGGGUGAGCCUGCUGGCGAUAGCCGGAAUGUUCUGGCUGAAUCAGCCCGGAUUGCUCGUGGUAAAAUCAUGGACCUUGCCCAGCUGAAUGCCCAGGACCAUGAUGCUGUUAUCUUCCCUGGAGGUUUUGGUGCAGCCAAGAAUCUCUCAACCUUUGCCAAGGAUGGGAAGGAUUGCAAAGUCAUCCCUGAUAUUGAACGUGUCCUUAAUGAGUUCCACAAGGCGUGCAAGCCUAUCGGGUUGUGUUGCAUCGCUCCUGUGCUGGCUGCUAAAGUCCUACCUGGAGUAGAGGUCACUGUUGGUCACGAAGAUGAGGAAGGUGGGAAAUGGCCAUAUGCUGGAACAGCAGCAGCUAUUAAUGCAAUGGGAGGCAAGCACACUGUUCAUGACGUCAAUUCUGCCCACGUGGAUCAUCAGAAUCGGGUAGUGACCACUCCUGCCUUUAUGUGUGAAACGAAGCUGCAUCAUGUCUUUGAUGGGAUUGGCGAGAUGGUGCAACAAGUCCUGAAGCUCACAGGGAAAUGAGGCCAUCGCUCACGAUCAGUUGUGUUGGUGUGUAAGGCUUAUGUGGGUGCAGGAGUUUGUAUGUGUGUCUGUCUUGGGGGUGUUAGAAAAUGUGUGUGUGUCUGACCAGGGGAAGAGUGGGACAAAGUCUCUGGCUUUGAAUGGUGUUUUUGUGAUCAUUCUGAUUGGAUGGAGAUUCCAUGCGAGACCAUCAGGGACACUAUUACAGCGUGAUCUUCCUUUGAAAGUACAUGAUUGGACAUCUUGUAGAUCACUUGUACAUGUGUGCGAUUGAUCACUAUAGCUGUAUGAAUGUUGCUAUACUGAUUACAUGGCAAUAGAUCACUGACGUUUCUGUUUGCAGAAAUAAUCAAUUGAGGCAGGGCUUUAGAGUUUGCGAUUUCAGUUUUAUUAAAUCUGAUGAUCAUGCAAA